GUGGAGAAUGUCAUUCGUACUCGACACAAAUGUCCGUCUAGUUUGUUUUGACAUUUUAGCGUAGAAUCUUGAACUCGGUUAUUUCAUACACGGUCCGACAUUCAGUCCAUAAAGUAGUUUCGUUCAGUGCUAGAUUACCCGCCUCAAUAUCGGACAUUUCCCGAACAAACCAAACCUUGAUAGGAUAAUGAAACAAUGGAAUCUGUGAAACUUCCCAACAAUAAUAAUUUCGACACGAACGGGAGCAGUGAAAGUGAACAAAUUAGUGGAGAUGGUGAAAAUGAGAAGCUACUAGACUAUAGCACGGUAAAUGAUGAAACAGUGACAACUAUGAGUAAUGACGAGAAAAAUGGAAAUUACGAAAAAAUUGAUUACUCGGACAAAUCGCGAUCUGUAUCACCGAGACCCGGGCGACGUUCCGACGAGCCAGUCGAAUUGAGUUUUGAGAAACACCAAGAAAACAGAGAGGAACGUGAAAAACGGCGAAAAAUUGAGGCUGCGUUAGCCAACUCAGAAAGCACGCUGCAGGAAUGGCGUGAAUUUGCUCUUUCUGAGUAUGGGCUCAUCAACGAUGAUCUCCGACGAGAAGUAUGGCCCCGACUAGCCGGUGUUGAUCGAGACAACAUCGAACCAGCACCUAAACUCGACGAACUGAAAUCACAUCCCGAAUAUAACCAGGUGAUUCUCGAUGUGAAUCGCUCUCUAAAACGUUUUCCACCUGGCAUUCCAUAUGAGCAGCGUAUCGCCCUACAGGAUCAAUUAACUGUUUUAAUUCUACGAGUGAUUAUCAAAUACCCACAUCUACGAUAUUAUCAAGGAUACCAUGAUGUGGCUGUGACAUUCUUACUAGUCGUCGGUGAAGAAAUAGCAUUUCAUGUUAUGGAGAUUCUAUCGACCAAUCAUUUGGCUGAAUGCAUGCAGAUGACCAUGGAGCCUAUACAGAAGCGACUGAUGUACUUAUUUCCAAUUAUAAGACAUGAGAGUCCUGAACUGUGCACGUUCCUAGAGAGUUCAACUGUUGGAACUUUGUUCGCACUGCCGUGGUACUUGACGUGGUUCGGACACAGUUUGAAUUCGUACCGGGCGGUAGUUCGGUUGUACGACUACUUCUUAGCGUCACCAUUCCUUUUGCCGUUGUAUGUGACAGCCGCCAUAGUCCUUUACAGAGCUGAUGAUAUUUUUAAAGAAGAUUGUGAUAUGGCGAGCAUACAUUGUUUGUUGUCACAGCUACCCGACGAUCUGCCUUUUGAGUACCUUCUGAAGAACGCCAGCGACCUAUACAGGAAAUAUCCCCCAUCCAAAAUCGAAAUAGAAGUCGAUGAAAUGAUUCUACAUGAAAAACAACAACGUGCAAUUGCAGAGGAGCAGGCUGCACUUCGACGUAAGACGGCCCUCAGCCGACGUAAUCCGACUCCAUCAUUUGUAAAUAAAUUCAUACCGCAAGCCAUACUCUCGAAACGAUCGGUCAUUGUAACAACUGCAUUCUCAAUAUUAGUUGGCAUCUGUGCAUAUUACUAUAAGACACACUUUUUAUCUGUGGGUAUCAGAUGAGAUUACUUUUACUUUCCGCUCGACGUAUUCCAGAGAAAUCCGAACCGCUUGUGGAUAAUAGGAAUUAUGAUUUGUUGAAAUUUAUUUAUGACCUGAAAAGUUUCAUCCAUUCAAGUAAAUAUCGGAGCAUGUUUUAUUUAUGAACAGUUGUCAUGAACUCUUUGUUAAGCUAUGAAUUAAGUUGGGUUAAAUGAUGCGUAAUUGUUUUUUUUAUGUCUCGAUUUUACGGAAACUAAUGCCAAACAAAUAAAAACAAGUUGAUUCUUUGGAUUUUGGAUACAUGAUUAUAGUCGAAAUUAGCGAGCGGAAAGUUGUUGAUCAAUUAUUGGCUUUAGGAGGCAAGAAAGCUAAAUGUGUAAGAGUAAACUUCUUGCACACCCAAAUUGAGUGGAAGAAGAAACAUUAUUUUUUUAGCCCACACAUGUAAUUUCAAUGUCUUUUAAGUGUAAUGCGUACUAUUAGAAAAUUUGUUAAGAAAACCCAUAUUCGACACAUAGAAUGUAGCCAUUGUGCGUAUUUAUUUUGAAAAAAAUCCUUCCGAGGAAUAAAUGGUAAUGCUGCACUAAACACGCUGACCAAUGAAUGAGGCUUUUGAUUUUCCAUUUUUUGCGAUUUAGCGCUUUCCUUAUAUUGUCCGCUAAGUCUAACACAGGCAGCGUUUGAUUUGUUUUGAGUUAAUGUCGAUCUCUUCCACAGAAACGUUGAAUUAUCUUUACUUAUAUCGAAAAUUUGAACCUGUCUGAACAAACUGUGCCUAUUAUUUCCUAUUCCAUAGUUUUUCUUUCAUUUUAUAAGCAAAUAUCCUAAGUAAGCCCUUCCAUAAGUUAUUGUUCUACCGUAUUGAACCAAUCUGGUUCCAUGGUGUCAAUUGAGAACUUUGCAGUUCAAUACUCUUCCAACAGGUUACGUUUUUUUAUUAUUUCUAGCGCCAUGAAGCUCUGUUGCAAGGAAGUCAAUAUAUUGUGAGGAUUUGAUUGCUUUAGCGAUAAUGGUUUAUGUUAAAGAUAAGUGUUGAAAAUGCUUGGAUUUAAAGUGAUUAAUGUGGCAAAGAAUCGGAUUAAUGUAUUUAUUUUCCUGUUUAUCGUUAUGAAUACUUACCUAAGAAAUUAUAAUAAUAUAUACAUUUAUAGGUAUUGAUUACAGUCAUAAUUGCUGAGGAGCAUAGAUGUAGAUAAAAUGGUUAGAUUAAAGCACUUGAUACAUACAUAUAUAUUGAACCAAAAUAAAUGAAUUAUAUCGAUAA